AAAAGAAAACCUGGCACACUAAAGGUGGAAAAUAAUGGCCGGAUAUGUGUAUCAUAUUUUACUGUUUUUUCUCUUCGCCCAGGAAACGGCUUACGGAACAUCAUUUGGUAACUCUCUGUCCGAUUCACUGUCAGAUCCUGACUUCAUCGAUAAUCCACCGAUGAAUCUACCAAAGUUCACUUCCCGUUCUCAGUCGAUACGGGCAGUCAUUGGCGAUACUAUCACGUUGCCCUGCGAUGUGGAUAAUCUAGGUAGCAACAUUCUUCUAUGGCGUAGAGGCAGUGCAGUGGUGACUGCGGCCAAUUUGAUCAUCACCCGAGAUCUACGCUUCAAACUGCUGAAAGGGUACGCACUGCAAAUUAAGAACGUACGUCCGCAGGAUGCCGGAGAUUACAGCUGCCAGGUGGGAGAUCAUGAUAAUCGGGAUCUUGUCCAUACUGUCGAGAUUUUGGUGCCUCCAUCGGUACGAUCCAAUCCGGAAACUGGUCAUGUAACCGUACGAAAAGGUGGCACGGCGACGCUCGAAUGCAAGGCUAGCGGUAAUCCGGUGCCGAGCAUCAGUUGGACUAGAAAGGACUCGUUGCACGGCUCACCCCAUCUUGCAGAAGGACCGACACUUUUACUGGAAAAUGUCAACAGGCAGGAUGGUGGUUCGUACCGGUGCUAUGCGGACAAUGGCAUUCGGGAACCCGUGUUUGUCGACAUGCAACUCAUUGUACUGUCUCCACCAGAGAUCACCGUCGAAAAGAAUUGGGUUCACGCCGGUGAAGGUUACGAAACUCAAUUAGUCUGUACCGUUCAUGGAGAUUCGUCACCGGAGAUUAUGUGGUACCAGGACUCGUUUCUAUUACAUCCGAACGAUCGACGAACGAUGGACACUCGAGGUGACAAGCAUUACCUGGCGAUAAGAAAUGUGCGUCCAUCUGAUUUUGGCAAUUACAGUUGCGUAGCUGAAAAUUCUCUUGGUCGUGCCAAAAAAUAUAUAGAAGUAUCUGGUCGCCCCGGACCGGCUCAGUUCCAUUCACCAAUGUACAGUCGAUAUCGGGAGAUGUACAACUUAACCUGGAGUGUGGAAUCGUUUCCGCCGAUCGAGGAAAUACGAUUACUUUACCGAAAGUUAAUGAUGAACGAGUCUUAUCAGCAUCCGGGCAGAUGGCACGACGUCAUUUUGAACCCACCGUCGACGCGGGCCGAGUCCUAUCGACACAUCAUGACGUAUACCAUCCGGAGUUUGGAUCCAAACUCUGUGUAUGAGACAAUCGUGCAGGCGAAAAAUCGAUACGGCUGGAACGAGGUCAGCGACAUAUUCCAGUUCUACACACUAAGCACUGAUAUGCCUGAGGAUGAUGUUGAGCAAAUACUUGGCUCGACGGCCUUUGGUAAUCCUUUCAGUUGGGCCAGCAGCGUUCAACCUACGCUGAAUCGAAAUUGGACACUAUUAGUGGCAGCUGUGCUGUCUAUGAAGAUAUUUGGUUGCUUGUAA